AUGACGUCCCGCGAAGACCAGAUCCUUAAACCCCGAGAUCCCUCGGUUGAAGACGAGAACGAAUGGGAAGAGUUCAGCUUGGCCGAUGUCAAAGUGCUGAUCCCUGGCAAGUCGCGUUAUGCCAAUCUGCUGGAUGCGUCGCCGGACAAUCCAGUGAGGGUCGUGGGGAGUUUGAAUGAGGUCGAAGAUGAACAGGGACAUUUGGUGCUCGAUGAAGACUACCUUUCGAAGCGCAUCGUCAUCGAAAACGUGACUCAUUACGCCUACGGUCAACAUGCCGACGGUGAGAUUGGCGUCUGGGUCGCCGGCCAAGCUGGCUGGUUCUCCAUUGUUCCCGCCAAAGGUUACAAGCCAAUGUUCAACGAUAUGGUAGAAGCAGUCGAUUUGCUGUACUUUUUAGUCGACCGUCAUAGAAAUCAGCGCCCGAGACGGAAACGCCGAGGUGGAGAGGUUACUUUUGAAUACUUAUGUGAUGAGUAUGUCACUCAUACGCACGGUAUUUGCGAGGAUAGCGAUGAUUCUGCGGAGGUUUUUUAUAAGCACGCUUCGUUUUUGCUUUCACAAAUGGUUCAGGGAAGGGAAGAUGUGGAGUGGAAUGAGACAGAUGUUUUUGAUCACCUGGUCAAGAAGUUCCCGGAUGAAUACGAGCGGGUGCUAGCAGCGCAGCAAAAACCGGACGAUAAAAUGGCGACGGAAGAUUUCGAAGGAGGCACAAAGAAGGAGGCGGUCAACAUUGAGACUAUCUCCAACUCCCAGGCAGACAAUAUAUUCGGUAUUAUAACGGAUCUCAAAGAGGCCGGUGCCUUGGCCAAACGUCAAUUGAACCUCGACUUGGUCGUGAGCACUCUGCAGAGUCGAUUCGACAUAGCCUCGGAAGAGUACGCUAGAAAUUUGAUCGCCGCCAGGUCGGCUCAAGUCAUUGAGCGCAUGGAGCACUCAGACUUUGAAUGGCAUAAGAAGGCUAUCUAUCGAGAACUGAAGCAGAUCGAAGAAAAGGCCGAUAUUCGUCAAGUCGCAAUCACUCCACUUCGACCUCGAACAUCUUUUGACGAAAGCACUAGCUCCUCCGAACAUGAAGACGAAAAUGAGGAUGAGGAUGAUAGCCCUCGGGCACGCAGACAUCGUAUGCGAAUGUCUGUAUUACGACCAUCAACGACAAAAGCAGGCAAAAAGACGCGCGGCGGGAAAUUUCCUGGAGCCGCUAGAGAUGUUGCACAAUUAUCUGAAGACAGUGAUGUUGCUGAAGACGUAGAAACGCCCAGCAAGUCUCGCGGCCACAACCUCGUCCGUGAUCCUCCACCAUCUGUGACAACUCUCAACAGCCGUGCGCGCUCCAUAUUGUCAGAUGCCGACUCCACUUCACUAGUUAUCCGAAGAACACCUUUACAAGAGACACAUCAAUCAGCGAAUCUAUCUGGCCCCGAUACAGCAUCCAUCAUUCAUGAAGACAGUAGCAUUGUCACCAAUGACUUACCCGAAGAUACAUGGAUGUGCUCUGUGGAAGGAUGCGGCAAGGUGAUAUACAAAGCCAGCUCGAAGCGAUCCAAAGAACUCAUCAGUGACCACACCCUAAUGCAUGCGGAGGACACGCAGACAAAACUUGAUCUCGUAUUUGCUGAGCAGAGACUCAAUCUUGGUCUUGGAGUUGAUAAUCUGUUGCGUCGCAUUCGUGAAUUUGGAACACUUGACGAUAUUAAUGGUGAUGACGUUGAUGUUGCUGCGAAACGAGUCAGAAGAUGA